CGCUGAACUCAGAGGCGCUCAGAGGAAGCACCGCGUUGAACUCAGAGGCGCUCAGAGAACGCACCGCGCUGAACUCAAAGGCGCAUACACCCAGCGCUCUACAAUAAACAACAUUCACAUAACGCUCACUAAGAACCCCUCAAAAUGCCGAUUUCAAACAGUUCUACGUCCUCGACGAAGACCAUUCGCCGGGCCGCGUCGGAGAUGGAGCGGUCCGACUCUGUGACGUCCCCGCGGUUCAUCGGCCGGCGGCAGAGCCUGAUCGAGGACGCGCGCAAAGGGCGUGAGGCGGCGGCCGCUGCGGCAGAGGCGAAGGACGUGAGCGAGCUGAUCGUGUUCGAGGAGGAGAACGGCAAGGCGCUGCUGAACGUGUUCUUCACACUGAGGUCCUCCAAGAUCCCCGCCCUGUCGCGCUCCCUCAAGGUGUUCGAGACGUUUGAGGCUAAGAUCCACCACCUGGAGACCCGGCAGAGCGGGAAGGCGAACCGCGACCAGCAAGAGGCGCUGGAGUACUUUGUCCGCUGCGAACUGCACCUCUCCGACGUGGGAACGCUCAUCAGCUCCAUCAAGAGGAUCGCUGAAGACGUCAGAACCACCAAAGAAGUAAAAGUUCACUGGUUUCCAAAGCAAAUAGCAGAGUUGGACAAAUGUCAUCACCUGGUGAACAAAUUUGAUCCCGACUUGGAUCAAGACCAUCCUGGCUUCUCUGACCCUGUGUACAGACAGAGGAGGAAGAUGAUUGGGGAAAUCGCCUUCAGAUACAGGCACGGUAGCGUGAUACCCAGGGUCGACUACACAGAGGAGGAGAUCGGGACCUGGCGGGAGGUGUACGUGACCCUGAGGGAGCUGUACAACAGCCACGCCUGCAGUGAGCACCUAGAGGCCUUCCAGCUGCUGGAGAAACACUGCGGCUACAGCCCAGACAACAUCCCCCAGCUGGAAGACGUGUCCCGCUUCCUCAGAGAGCGUACGGGGUUCCUGGUUCGACCAGUGGCUGGUUUGUUGUCGGCCAGAGACUUCCUGACCAGUCUGGCGUUCAGAGUGUUCCAGUGCACCCAGUACAUCCGCCACUCCUCCUCUCCCAUGCACUCCCCUGAACCGGACUGCAUACAUGAGCUUCUGGGUCACAUCCCCAUGCUGGCUGGCAGGACUUUUGCCCAGUUCUCCCAGAACAUCGGUCUGGCCUCACUGGGGGCGUCGGAUGAGGACAUAGAGAAGCUGUCCACACUGUACUGGUUCACCGUGGAAUUCGGCCUGUGUAAACAGAACGGAGAGAUUAAAGCGUACGGCGCCGGACUCCUGUCUUCCUACGGAGAGCUAGUGCACUCCCUGUCGGAGGACCCCGAGAGGAGGGUGUUCGAACCGGACGCCGCCUCGGUGGAGCCCUACCAGGACCAGAACUACCAGUCUGUCUACUUUGUCUCUGAAAGCUUUCUAGACGCCAAAGAGAAGCUCAGGGCGUACGUGGCGGGCAUCAAGCGGCCCUUCUCUGUGCGCUAUGACCCCUACACCAGCAGCGUGGAGGUGCUCGACAACCCGCUGAAGAUCCGGGGAGGUCUGGACUCCGUGAAGGACGACCUGAAGAUCCUGACAGACGCCCUGAGUGUGUUGCCCUGAUGUCCGCGCACACACACACGUCAGACACACCAACCUACCCUACACAAAUGCAUGAGCCAUACAGCACACA